AUGUGGCAAAGAAAAAAGAUUUGGCAUCCAAGUAUCGACAUCAAGCGAUCGGAUAUCAUACCUUUGAUCCACAAAGCGUGGACUGGAUCCUUCGCUCGGAAAGAACAAAAUCUCCAUGCCAUCAUCGCAAGAGGAUGGUACCAUCUUGACAUGAGACUGUUGAAAGACACAGAUAUCUUGAAUACACGGGUGGCUCAUGUCAACACUCCCGAACGAACCACUGCAGCAUCGGACGAUUCUGGAACUCCACAAACUCCCAGAACAGCAGGAACUCCCAAAUUGGUUGAUUGUAAUGCUACUGCUGACAACAUUGGACCCUUAGCGCUCCUCAACAUGAAUGUUGGCAAUAGCGAAGUCAUGAUUGAUCUUGUUCAAUAUAUGCGCAAAAAUGCUGGCGCCCAAGAGGCUCUGCAAGAGCGCAAGAGAAAGGUUACUCUAUGCGGCAACGCCCAUGAAGGGUUCUUGAAAGAUUCAAGAUUCACUGCUGGGGGCAUCUUCAAGAGCGGCCAAGUCCAUCUGGGAGAAAACGUGCUGGCAGCUUGCAAAGAGAUGGAGGCCAAGAAGAUGGAGGGAUCGCUGAACCCAAUUCGGAAAUCCAUUGGUGCUUUGCCAUAUGGUUCAGCGUUUGGAAGACAAAGGCAGACAAUAUCCCAAAGCGGAAGGAUCUCCAGAUUGCAUUGA